UUUUUCAGUGUAUGUAGCCAGGGCCGUUUCAGCGCUCUGCGUCAUUUGGUGCCGUAGUGUCGCCAGCCAGUCUGCUCCCGGUUUUCCUAGUUAGUACCGAACAGUUGCAGCUCUUGGAUUACGCGGAAUAUACACAAAAUGGGCAAAGACAAGGACAAGGAUGCGGAAGCAGCGGCCGCUCCGCCCCCGGGUCCGCCGGGCCCCCCGAAGCCGCGCGAGCCGCAGUAUGGCCCCGAUGGCGAGCUGCUGGGCGGGCCCCACACCAUGCAGCAGCAGGCUGCGCAGCGGCGGCUGCAGCAGACACAAGCGCAAGUCGAUGAGGUGGUAGAUAUAAUGAAAACAAAUAUGGACAAAGUCUUGGAGAGGGAUCAUUUGAUAUCAGAUCUCAGCGAAAGAGCUGAGGCUUUAGAGGAUGGUGCUUCUGCAUUCAAGAGCCAAGCGGCCAGUCUCAAGAACAAGUUCUGGCUAGAAAAUCUCAAGAUGAUGAUAAUAAUGGGAGUAAUCGGACUCAUAAUAAUAGGUAUUCUGUAUGUCCGGUACAGCGGAGGCGACGCCCCGGCGGCGGUGCAGCCGGCGCCAGCGCCAGCAGCGCCGGCCCCAGCCGCGCCUGCCGAGGGCACCCCACCUCCAGCACCCGCGGCUGGCAAAUAAUCCUAUCGGAGGCCUAUGCUCAAGAACAUGUAGCCAAAGCGUGCUGUUAAUUAAACGGAACAGGAUACUGCGCCUAAUUAUUUAAUAAAAAAAUAAGCAGUAAUAACGACCCCAAAUUAACUACAUAAUUUAAUUUCAGUCGAUUCUUAACUCGUGGAAUCUUGUAUUUUCUUAAAGAUCAUUAAAAAUAUUCAAUUUGAAUUUAAACUGUCGUGAGACAUACUAACAUUAACCUUUUAAUUAGUUUAAUAUUCAAAUUGACUUUCCAAUGCUAGGAAAUGCCUUAAAUUGGGUACAUUAUAUUACACAACGGAAAUGAGGCUUAGUAUGUGACGUAUUAUUCAAAAUUAUGAAACUAAGACCGUCCAGUUUCGUCAAAAAUGUGAUAAAAACGACAAUAAUUAAUUGCGCAAUAUUAAUUUACUACCGCUUCCACAAUCGGUACGCAAACUGGAUGAGAACUAGAGCUACAUGAUACAUGAGUGAAAUGUAACGACAGCUUCGUAUGACCUUCACUGUGAGAACUUAGGGGGGUGAUAGACGUAUGAGCUAUAAAAUUGCGAAUUUAAGAUUCGCGAACUUAUUCGUCCCGACGUUGAUGACUAUGAUAACAGACGUACAAGCUGUAAAACUAACAAAAUAAGCUCAAAUGUCAAAUGCGAUCCGCUUCACAGACUGCGCGACAAAUGAAAUGGUGGCUCGCGACUCGCGGCGCUGACAAGCCAAAGCUGGCUAAAAGCAAAAUUAAAACAUUUCGACUGUUGACAAACUUGCCCUAUGGUUUUAAAUUAGAAUGAGAUAUGGGUGAGAAAGGUCCUCAAGCUGUGUAAGUCCGCGAUCUUACUCGCCCGUCUAUCACCUUGAAGUGUACGUAUAGGUAAGUACACAGUAGGCUAUACAAGCGAGCGCGCGGUGCUACUGUAUGCAUUUUCCACUCGUAUAUUUUUGGGCAAUUAUUUGGCUAAAAAUGACGGAUCUUCCUGAAUUUGGCCCAAACUUAUGCCAUAACAAGAAGUAAAGUUUUACAGACGAACUGUCUACAAUUGGAGAUUUUACAUUUAGUUCUUGUCAUCUAAGAUUCAUUUGCAAUUUUACGGGUUACAAAACGGGUAGAGUAGGAAGCAUAGUAUUUAAAAUUAAUUAAUACAUAAUGUAAAUUAUAAAAUUGAUAAAACUUCUCAACUAAGUACCUAUAUGUCAUUGGCGUGUUAUAUGCUUGAAAUUCAAAAAGGAUACUGUAACUAGUGAGUCAUGGGCUGUUUAUUUGUACACCAGAAUGUUUAUUAUUUUUUCCACAGGUAUGGAAUGAAUAUUUUAAGUUAUAACUUAUAACUUAGUAAAUUAUUUAGUGUAGUUUAGUUGAAAAUAGUUAUUUUAUUACAAUUAUUAAGCCCAUAGAAAUAUAUUUACCGAGAAUACAAAUUAAUACAGUCAUUGGUUUUCAUUUGUCA